AUGAAGAGCGCCAUCUCCCCAGACAUCUGGGAAACAAAGCGCAUGCUCAUCACAAAACUCUACAAAGACGAGGAAUGGCCGCUCAAGCAAGUCAUCAAGCUCGUCCAGACUCGGGACUUUCACCCUAGCGAAUCGCAACUCCGCAGCCGCUUAAAGAAAUGGCACAUCACCAAGCCUUCGCGCAAGAAGUACGACGGCAGCCGCCGCCUCUCCGGCGCAAAGAAGAACCAGAGCGCGAACCUCAGCGCCCAGAAACGGCCCUCCGACUCCUCCGCAUACCCCCCCAUCCCCUCCGCCUCAACAUAUCACACCCUGCACUCCCAGCGCAAGAUCGACGAGAGCGAUUCAUUUUCUGAGGGCUCGCGCCCGUCCGUCUCUGCACACGCCGUGCCGGAAAUGUCAAUAUCGCCCGCCAACCGCUACAUCCUCCCCUCCAGUCCCCACGACGACGCAAACCCCUUCACGACCUCAAUGUACUCAAAUAGCAUCCUGGCGCCGUCGACGCCGAUUACACCCGCUGUGUACGGGAUGGACGAACAUACACACAUGAACAUGAACAAACGAACGAGCGACGCAACCUCGAACACGAUAUACUUCUACCCGCCCGAGUCAACGAGUCCGCACUCUUUCCCGGCCACCGUCCCGGUAUCAGCCUCUUAUACACACGCCUUCGCGCCAUACUCGGAUCCAAGCCCGCUGGGCCUGGUCCCCGAGCAUCCGCAUGAAGAUUAUAUGAGCAGUGCGAGCUACGGCAUCCACCCGUACCUCGCGAACCAGUCCAGCCACGGCCACAGCCAUAGCCACAAGAACAACCACAACCAGUUCGGCGUGCCGUUGUCAGAUCUCCCGCCGCCGUUGCUGGACGGGUCGGCGUGGGUUCAUCACUACCAUCCCGGCCAUCAGCCACCAUCACCGCAUUCGCAUUCGCAUUCGCAUUCGCACUCGCACCCGUUUUAUCCAGACGAUGUUGGGGUUGGGAUAGCGCCGCCGAUAUUCCAGGCUGGGCAUGUUGUGUAA